GUGAAGUGCAGCAUCCACCUACCCUCACCAACGCUCCAUGCCAAAUCCCCCCUCCAGCUCACUCCCACACUCCCCUCCACUCCAGCCUCGCCGUCGCCGAGCUCCAGCUACCUCCUCGCUCCGCCACCGCAAUGCGGCCCUUCCUCGUGGUAGUGGCGGCCGUGCUGCUCCUCGCGGCGGCUGCCGAGGCGACGUCGUCGGCGCUGCUGGGCAUCAACUACGGCCGGGUGGGCAACAACCUGCCGCCACCGACCGCCGUGCCGCAGAUGCUCUCGUCGCUCGGAGUUGGCCGCGUCAGGCUCUACGACGCCGACCCGGCCACCCUCCGCGCGUUCGCCAACACCGGGGUGGAGCUCGUGGUCGGCGUCCCCGACGAGUGCCUCGCCGCCGUCUCCACCCCCGCCGGCGCCAUGUCGUGGGUCCGCUCCGUCGUCCAGCCGGCGCUCCCGGCGACCAAGAUCGCGGUGCUCACCGUCGGCAACGAGGUGCUCACCGGCGCCAACAGCUCCUCGCUGUCGCGCUCGCUGCUCCCGGCCAUGCAGUGCCUCCACGACGCGCUCGCGCAGCUCGGCCUGGACAGGCAGGUCGCCGUCACCACCGCGCACAACCUCGGCGUGCUCGCCACCUCCUACCCGCCCUCGUCGGCGUACUUCAGGAAGGACCUCCUCCCGCUGCUCUGCCCGAUCCUCGACUUCCACGCCCGCACCGGCUCGCCCUUCCUCGUCAACGCCUACCCCUACUUCGCCUACGCCGAGGACCCCACCGGCGUCGAGCUCGACUACGCGCUGCUGGACCCGGCCUACGCCGGCGUCGCCGACCCCUCCUCCGGCCUGCACUACCCAAACCUGCUCGUCGCGCAGGUGGACGCCGUGUACCACGCCAUCGCGGCGGCCAACACUGCGGCGGCGCGGGCCGUCGAGGUGCGGGUGUCCGAGACCGGGUGGCCGUCCGCCGGCGACGGCAACGAGACCGGCGCGACGCCGCAGAACGCCGCCAGGUACAACGGCAACGUGAUGCGCCUCGUCGCCGACGGGAAGGGCACGCCGCUCCGGCCGACGGUGGCGCUGCGCGUCUACAUGUUCGCGCUCUUCAACGAGAACAUGAAGCCCGGCCCGACGUCGGAGCGCAACUACGGCCUCUUCAAGCCCGACGGCACGCCGGUCUACGAGCUCUCCUACCGCCUGCCAAAGGACAACACCAACUCCGGCGCCGGCGGCAUGGGUGGCGGCGGCAGCGGCAGCGGCACCAUUACCGGCGGCGGCUCGGUGGACGGCGGCUACUACAGCAUCUCUGCAUCAGCAAAGUCACCCGUGGGUUGGUGGACAUGGUGGACACAAGCAGCAGUAGCAGCAUGUGUGGCUGUCCUGAUGAUGAUGAUGGCAUUGUGAUUCUGAGCAGAUGGAUGGAUGGAAGGAUGGAAGGAAGGAAGCCUCUGGUUUCUAAUGGAGUCAGAGGAGGCACAUUGGGUGCAUUGCUUCUUGCUGUUGCUGCAGUGGACAAAGGCAUUGAUGGUAGUGAAUGUCAUGCUUUAGUUUAAUCUGUCCUUGCCGUGUUGCUGUAAUUGAUGUGGCCUUGUAAUUGGGGGUAAUCUAAUGGGUUGGUCACUGCCAUUAAACUAGACAUUUUUUUCUCUCUGUUUUGAAGCUCUCCCUCUCUUGAAUUUUUGAUAUAUUAAAUUGUUCUUUGUUGGGAUUAACACUAUUAAUUAACUGGCAAUGGCUCAGGUACGAUACAAACUCAGUACUUGGCUGCAUAAAAAAGACAGAAACUAUCUAUGUGGAAAAGGAACCAAAGAAUCAGUGA